AAAUGGUUUAAUCUUUCCUUGUACGUUUGUUAUGUUGGUGUACCUGCUCUGAAAGAGUCUCACGCACUCUCUGGAUUCAUGUGAAACUAAUUUUUCGCGCUGUUUGAUGAAAGAGGUGUAUCAGAGGUUAGCGAACAACGAGCAAUGUUAAGUGGUGUUGAUGGUGAUCAUAAUGAAUGUAACGCGCAAUUAAAAUAGUCAACGACUCAAACUUUCCUGCGUCAGUGGAAUCUUUUAUCCUGCUAACGUUAUUGUUAAGAAAGCGAAAAUAAUGAAAUGACAUUUAGCAGUCAGUGAUAUUGGCAAUGGAAAGCAGUGCAAAUUCUUAUAGCCCGUCACCAUCUAAUGCUUCUACGCCCAACAGAAAAGCAAGAACACCGUUCCUCACACCAUGCAGGCGUAUGGGAUUGGCUCGAAAAUCACCUGCUUCUUCUGCUUGGCAUGCAAACAAACCGUCUCCAGGCGCUGUCUCACCUUAUACAUCCUCAUUAAAAGUAGAUAAAGAUGCAGAUACAAUGCAUAAUGAUCUUGAGAGAUUGCAAGGGCAAAUGACACCAACAAGGAAUACAAGAUUAUUCAACAGACAUCAGUUAACUAAGAGACUUAAAACAAACUUAUCUUCUCCUCAAAGUUGUGAUGAAAAAAAGAAAGAGAACUCAGUGGUUUCCAGUGAUCUACAAUCAGAUGAUCAAAUAACGAAAUCUCAAAUCAUAAUGGCUGAAAAUAGUAAAGUAGAGAAUGAUGGGAAUGAAAUUUUACUUCCUGCUGGAGAUAUUACUGAAGAUACAUUAAAAGAAGUCCGUAAAAGGCUAAAGGAAAAAGAAGAAAAAUUAAAAGACCUUAAACUUGCUCAGCUUUAUAAAAGGAAGCAUGAUGUUAUUAUCCUUCAGAAACUAAUACAUACAUGGCUUGAAGGAUGCCAAACAGCAUUACAAGAACUGCAGACAGUGUUACUUAAUCAAGGCCAUCAGUUUACUAUAGAACAGCUGUUGAAUCAACUGAAUAUUCCCCACGAAUUAGUGAAGUAUCGAAGAGAUACAGAGGACUUUGAAAGCAAUGAAAUGAACAUAAUUUAAGUAACUAUUUAUACUCAUUUUUUAUGCCAUCAGUGUUGGAGAAGUUUCUGUAUAAUUUAGGUGUAAUCUUGUCCAAGAAAUGGUU